GGUCAGCACAACAAUAAUCCUGGCUCUUUUUAGCUGUUUGAGCAUUGUUACAACUGCCUAGAUGUUAUUUAACUUUAUGCAUGUAAUAUCGGGUACAUGUGGUGUAGUGCCAUCGAGAGACGUGUGUGCGUUCGCGUCUCGGAAAGGUCCCAUGGUGUCAGCAAAAUAAUUGUGCUGGCCUCUAGGCACGGGAUCCCAACAAAAUAACAGCCAGGGUGACAACCGUUUUCCGUUUGUUGGCCCGUGCAGCCGUUUUGUUUUGCGCUGCAAAAGCUUCAAAUUGCCUCUGUUGAGACGCUCUCUUUGUUGGAGGGACAAGAUGAUUUGUGUGUUACAGAAGUGAAAUUUUCGCGGCUCUUGCCGUUCUGUGAAGCGCGGUAGAACAUGGGUGAACGCCGAGAGCCAACUGAAACUUCUCCGGGUGUUGGAGUUUCACAAGAAGUGCUUCUCCUGUUGCCAGCCUCGGAAAACGCUGACGCAGAAGAAGAACUGACCACUCCGAGGCUCGAGUGUGCCAUCUGCCUUCAGAAGUGCAUCCACCCUGCCCGGCUACCCUGUGGCCACAUCUUCUGUUUUCUAUGUGUGAAGGGCAUAGCGAACCAAAGCAAGAGGUGUGCCAUGUGCCGACAGGAAAUUCCUGCUGACUUCACAGAGAAGCCAGAGUUGAUUCCAGAUCCGGAGGCCGAGCAGGACUCGCCUACUGAGGAGAGCUACAGGUGGUUUUAUGAGGGCCGCAAUGGCUGGUGGCAGUAUGAUGAAAGGACCAGUGCAGAGCUGGAGGCAGCGGCUGCCAAGCAACUUUCCAGGUGCGAAGUACUGAUCGCAGGCUUCCUCUACAUCGUUGACUUUGAGCACAUGGUGCAGGUGCGCCGCAACGAUUUUUCUCGGCGACGACGAGUGAAGCGCGAUCUAGCUGGUGUCCCCAAAAAGGGAAUAGCGGGGAUCAGACUCGAGGAACCGCCACACGACACGACCGUUGGUGGUGUGCAGCCACACACGAGGGAGUGCAAUGCUACAGAACAUUCAUCACCCAGUGAUUCGGGCAGUGCAGCUGAAGGCGCCAGCACUGCCGAGAACGCAGACCACAGAGCCUCGGACUCCACGGUCGAGCAGGAUGCCAUGCUUCUCAACUCUUCCAAUGGAGGGGGUGAUAGCAUUGUGUCACUGUCUGAAGAAGACACAUCUGCAGAUGCCUUUCUCGAAGGGACUUCCAUUGGCUCAUUGCGGUUGGACGACGACGAUGACGGCGAUGGGAGGGGAAGCGGUGAUGCAUCGUCACCGUCACUGUACCGCCUUAGCCGGUUUGGUCGCAGGAGGUACUACGAGGACAACUUGUGAUUUGUGUGCAGUGUGAAACCAAAAAAAAACAACUCUGGUUCUCUAUGCAUGACCUACAUCUUGCAUUUAAGUGAUACGUAGAGCAGGUGUAAUACAUAAGUGACUUGCAGUGAAUUGUGGCAACUUCUGUUGUUGAUCACAGCACUGAAAAUGUUCAACCACAGAAUUUUUUUUUAGCUACGAGUGACAUGUGCUGAAAUAUUUCGUAGGCCGCAAGCCCUUAGUGCUUAGGUACCAAAGUGGGAAGCUCUCGUGUGACUUUUCGCUGGAUUUCUUGGUGUUGGUGCUUCCACGGCUGUGAAGGCCAUAUGUGUCAUGUUUGUUUGUACAUACAGCUAGGCAGUUUAUUGCCUUUGUGCCUAGUAGGUCUGACUUACCACAAGUGUUCUUGUUUGUCUUUGCACAAAUGUUGCUGGUCACACAUUUCGUGCUUUAUUUGCCUUGAUUAAACUGAAGCAUUUUGAAAACUAA